GCAAACACGUCACAAUCAUGAUUAGAAUUGAUGAUCGGACGUUCUGAUUUCAUUGUCUAGCAAACGGGACUGGUGAAGAAAUCUGCUGAAUUUGAACGUCCGUCUGAUUUUGAUAUCAAAAAUGCCACAUUACCCAGCAGUGUGCCAGGUACACUGAGGCACGAUGAGUACAAUCAAAAUUGUGCUAUUCUAGAAACAUGGAGGUUUUGCUGUGAUCUGCAUGGCUGCCCCGUUCCCCUCCAGUAGCAGAAUGGAUGCGUGGUCACAGAGGCGUGGCCUGCAGAAUAUGAACCUGCGGUCAGUGUUUACGGCUGAGCAGCAGAGGAUCCUUGAACGUUACUAUGAUAACGGGAUGACCAAUCAGAGCAAGGCUUGCUUCCAGCUUAUACUGCAAUGUGCUCAGGAGGCUAAACUGGACUUCAGCGUGGUCCGGACAUGGGUUGGCAACAAAAGACGUAAGCUCGCCUCCAAGGUAGAACAAAACGGAGGCAUGUCUUUUUCCUUAUCCAGUCACGGACUCGCUGGUGGAUUACUCUCCAAUCACUCAUUAGCCGGAGGUUCACUAUCCAAUCAUGGCCUGGCUGCAGGGGCGCUGCUUCCCACUGAACUUGCUGCGGCACGGAACAUCCAGAACCGUGUGCACGUUCUCCCUCCAUCCUCGUCCUUCCCUUCUUUCUCGUCAACAUCUUCCUCCCCUUCCUCUUCCUCUCCUCACAGCAGCGGAAGCAACAACAACAAUAAUGACGUCAUACUGACCGGGAUUUACUCUCUCAACUCCGUCCCCCGCUCCCGACCGAGACCUUCAGCCCCCCUAUCUCAGUCAGACUCUGAGCUUUCCGCAAACACAUCCUCAACAUCGCUGAUCAACCGGGCCCUGCAGAGCAGGAACAGCUCGCCCCAACACUCCAAGCUGGUCUCGCUCUCUCAAAACCUCCCACCCCUCACAUCUGCCUCAGGGCCUUUAGUCUACACUGCAGUCAGGAAGGGAUCUUUGUCCCUCGGGGAGGCAGGGGUAAGUGCAGGAGCAGGGGUGGUACCUCAAAGCUGGACUAGGCAAUAUGGUGCAGUGAAAACUCGCCCAUGGUCCUCUUCCUCACAGUCCCAAACUCAGCCUCAGGCCAGACCUCACUCCAACCCCCAACCUCAACCACAACCACCUGCCCCUCAGAAGUCUCGGGUCUCCCUCCCAGUACAAGACUCUGGUCCCUCCUCUGAACAGACACCUCGUAUCCAGCAGGUCUUCACCUUGUCAGAAAGAAGCGAUGCGGACGGACUUAGGCCCAGUCAUGCGUUUAUCUGGAAAAGCCAGGAAAGUCACAGACCGGCGGCCCAUCCUCUGGACGCCAGUCAUAACUUCUCCAUCGCCAUGGAAACUGGAGAUGAAGAAGAUGAGUGGCAAAGGGAAGAGGAAUUGGCAAACAUGGCCGCUCAGACACACAUCCACAGGGAGCGAAUGUCAACAAGCCCGACCGGGGCUGAAGCGUCCGUGGUGAGAGGAGGCCACACGCCCCCGGUGGCGAGCUCCAGGCCUGCACUGCUUCACAGCAACACAACUCUUCAUGGCAGCUACUCCGUCACAGCACAGACCUCACUUACAGGGGAAUCCAGCUCACAGACUUCAGUUGGUGUGUCUGCUGCCCCCUGGGUUAUCAGCAACUCCAGAAAGAGAACACUGCAGGAUCGGACCCAGUUUAGUGAUGGGGAUCUCAUGCAACUGAAGCGCUACUGGGACCGAGGCAUGACCAGCCUGGGCUCAGUCUGCAGGGAAAAGAUCACUGCUGGGGCAAACCAACUCAAUGUAGACACUGAAAUAGUCAAGACAUGGAUCAGUAACAGACGGAGGAAGUACCGUCUGAUGGGGAUUGAAAUCCCUCCACCUAAAGGUGGGCCUGCUGUAUUCUCAACCUCAUCCCCAGGAAACGAAUCUCCGGUGGCCCUCAGCCCCGACGAGGUGGGCCUCAGAACGCCUGAACUCGGAGAUGACUUGAACGAUGAAGGAUCUGUCUGCCUGUCUGAAGAUGGCACCAUCGACUCACAACACAGAGAUGAAGAAGACGGAAUAGAUGUGUCCACUGCUGCUCCACUCGCCAAUAAUGUGUUUGUAGCAACAAAGCUACACCAGCUUUAUAUCAACUGGACACAUUUUCCUAUCAUGUCUGGUCACUUCAGAAGUUGUAGUGCUUUAUCACACCGUGUGUUAAAUGGUAAGUAUGAGCUCAUUGUCUUCAUUACACAGUUGCCAUUGCGUUCAAGUUUUUUUUAUUUCAAACUGCAAUUCAAAGUGUUUCACCUAAUGCAGUAUAUUAAAUAAAUAGAACGUAAGCGAUAUAAUCCAGAGCAGAUAAUAGUCCCCAUAAGAUUUACAUGUGUCAUGAUAGUUUGAUCUAAUCUCGUG